AUGGCGCUGGCGUACUUCAACACACCGUAUUCUAACAGACCAUCGUCCCCCUCCCGCACAUCCGAUCACAGUGCAGUUCCCUGCAAAUACCUUGGACUCGAGGAAGCUUCACGUCGCAAAGACACUUGCAAUGUUGUCAUUUUUGGACAAACAGGCGCUGGUAAAACUUCUUUGGUCAACUUGAUUACUAAGACGCAGGCGCCGGUAUCAGCAUCAUGUACAACGAAUCCAACCGUGUACGAGCAUGAUGUUGUGGCUCACAAUAGGAUCAUGAAGGUACAGCUGUUUGACACAGCCGGUCUUGAUGAGGACUCUGAGGGAACGGACAAGCAAGCCCAGACGGGCCUGAAGAAGCUCCUUAGAACUCUUAUGACGAAAGGGGGCAUUCAUCUUCUCGUAUACUGUGUGCAGGGCACAAACGACGCCUCGGCACUCCAGCGCAAUUACAAGUUAAUGGACUCCGAAGUGAAGGAAAGAGUCCCUGUCGUCCUUGUCGUUACAGGUCUGGAAAACCGAGAACCAGACAUGGAAGAGUGGUGGAGGAGUAACGAGAGAUCCAUCUCAGACCUCGGGAUGAAGUUUGCUGGCCACGCGUGUAUUACCGCAUUGACCAUCAAUGAAGGUGUUAUAGACAAGGUCAAGCAGCGCCGCGAACAGUCAUACCACACCGUCUGCGACCUUGUCGGACAGUGUUAUUCACAUGAUGGGACGGGGGUGCCUAAUAUGCAUCCUGCAAGGAGGACUAAAAACAUCGUACUCUUUGGGGAGGCGGGUGCAGGCAAAAGCUCGGUCGUCAACCUCAUGGCAGGAACAGAGGUAGCAAAGACAUCUCUUGGCAUACAACGCUGCACGCUCGAUUGGCAAGACUAUGUCAUCGGCUUCGAUGAGGAGUCUUAUAAGGUGUUCGAUACCAUGGGCAUCGAGGAAUCGGGACUUGAAAAGAAAGAGUACCUCGCGGCAGUCGCAAACGCUUAUAGGUUCAUCAAGACGUUGGAUGCGGAAGGCGGUGUUGACCUGCUUCUGUUCUGCGUUCGCGCCGGCCGAUUCACCGCUGCGCUUCAGAGCAAUUACAGAUUCUUUCAUGAAUUCCUCUGUGACAAAAAGGUUCCUAUUGUUCUCGCAAUUACGAAUCUCGAAAGAGAGCAGAGGAUGGAGGACUGGUGGGAGCGAGAACAUGGCAUCUUCGCUCGAUAUCAAAUUCACGUUGCUGACCAUGCGUGCAUAACCGCUGCUAACGGAUUGGAAGGCACACACCAACAAUUUUAUGAAGAAUCGCGUGUCGCGAUGCGCAACCUUAUCAAGCGGAAUAUCGCUAGCAAGCACAAUGAUGUAUGGACAGGAGGGAACAAAGUGUUCGUGGCGUUAAUGCAUGCGCUGAAGAUUUUUGGAAAGAAUCGGUAUAUCAGAAAGAACGCCCUUAUCGGACAACUGAAGCGUUGUGGCAUGUCCCCACAAACCGCGAGACAACUGGCCGAUGUGAUUGAGCAAGGGGAGGUGACUACUUGA